AGGCAGUGACCAUAAGAAACGGAAAGAAACAACCUAGCGGGCUAGCGGCGAUGAACUGACGAUAGUCAUCGUGGGACAGCAGCCAACGACGAAGCGCCGACCCGGAAUUCCAAAACCCCGUUGUACGAUCUCAGCGGCUCAGCCCCUGCGUCCCCUCCUCCUGGUCUACCUUCUGCCGCCGCUGUCCGCUGCCGCCGCCGCCGCCCUGCGGCAUCCCCGCCGGCAAGAUGAACCCCUUCCUAUUCUUUCUUGUCCUGCUGCUGCUCGCUCUGGUUCCGUCCCAGGAGGCGGCCGAGCCCACCACACCGGGGACCCGGACGCGCAAGAUUGGCCGCACCGCCGCCUCCUCGGUGUUCUCGCUCUUCAACCUCAAGCCCCAGAGCAAGUUUUGGACUGAAUCCAUCAUGCGCACAGAAUUUGAUGACUUGAAGGGUUCGACGUCACGGGACUCCAGCAACAAGGCGCUGCUUAACUUCACAAGAGCUGGUAAUGUUGCAAACUACAUGAGCCUGGCAGAAGUUGAUUCGAUAUAUCUUUCGAUCCCUGUGAACUUCAUCUUUAUAGGAUUUGAUGGGAAAGGAGGCCAUGAGUUUAAGUUAGCACCUGAAGAACUGGAGCGCUGGUUUUCCAAAAUAGAUCACAUAUUUGAGCACACAAGAAUCCCUCCAGUUGGAGAAGUUCUUACCCCGUUCUACAAGACUAGUGUUAAGAAACUAAAGCAAUAUGAUCUUCCUUUAGUCAGCCAUGUGAAUCACAAUUUUUCUGUGCAUGCAAUACACAUGGGAGAAGAUGUCAUGUCUGUUUUUGAACAUGCUAUAAAAGUUCUAUCACGCAGAGAAGAUCUGACGGAUCUCAGAGAAAAUGAGGCGGCAUUUUGGCAAGUGGACAGUGAUCAAAUGGAACAUAUAUUUUCAACACUUGUCGAUCACCUUCAGAUACAAGAAGCAUACAACAUCUUCAUUAUCAACCCCAAGCCUAUUGAAAAAAGCAAUCACUAUGGUUAUCGGAAGGGCUUCUCUGAGUCGGAGAUCAACUUGCUCAGGGAGAAUAAGACCCUGCAAGCUCAGAUACUCCAAUCAAAAAGUGACAAAAAACUCUAUCUUGAUAUAGAGAAGGGAGUGAACAAAAGGCCCUUAUAUGAAAGUCAUCCUCUGUCAUCAUUUUCGUGGACCACAACUGACAAUGUGGAUAUGGGGGAUUGGUCAAAGACGUGCAAGGAAGCCUUAAGUAAUUUUGAACUUUUGAAGGCAGGAAAGAGUAAAGAUGACAUUGUUUAUGACAAAGCUGUUCAGAUAUUACAUGGUGCAAAAGAUGAGCUGCAUGAUGUUCUGGUGAGCGCACUCAUGUCUAGUGAUCUGAAGGGUCUGCAUGCUGAAUGCCUUACAGAUAUAUGGAUUGGCAGAGACAGGUUUGCUUUUGUUGAUCUAAGUGCCGGGCCAUUUUCCUGGGGCCCUGCUGUCGGUGGGGAUGGUGUCCGCACAGAACUUAGUCUCCCAAAUAUAGCAAAGACUGUUGGGGCUGUUGCAGAAGUGACAGAAGAAGAGGCUGAAGAAAGACUACAAGACACAAUCAGAGAAAGGUUUUCUUCUGUUGGUGAGGACUACCAUGCUGUUGAUAUCCUAUUGGCAGAGAUUGAUGUGUAUGAACUUUUUGCUUUCAAGCAUUGCAUGGGAAGAAGAGUAGAGCUUGCCCUUUGCAAAGAACUCGAAGAAAGGAUGCAUGAUCUUAAAAAUGAACUGGAGGGUUACAAUAAUGGAGAUUCUGAUGAAAUUAAUAAGAAGAAAGCUCUUGAUGCACUCAAGAGGGUGGAAAAAUGGAACUUGUUUAAAGAUACUUCUGAGGAACAUCAUAAUUACACAGUGGCUCGUGAUUCAUUUCUUGCACACCUUGGGUCAACAUUAUGGGGAUCGAUGAGGCAUGUCAUUGCUCCAUCUGUUUCUCACAGUGCAUACCAUUACUACGAGAAGUUAUCAUUUCAGUUGUACUUCGUGACACAAGAGAAAGUCAGGAAUAUAAACCAGUUGCCUGUUAAUGUAAAAUCUAUCAAGGAGGGCCUUAGUUCUUUGUUAUUACGGUCUCAGAAGUCAAUGUUUAGUCAACACAUGCUGUCAUUGUCAGAGGAACCAGCAUUGAUGAUGGCGUUUUCUAUGGCACGCCGUGCAGCUGCAGUCCCACUCUUAUUGGUUAAUGGUACCUAUAGGUCUACAGUUCGUACAUACCUUGAUUCUGCUAUUCUCCAACACCAGCUACAGAGGUUAAGUGAGCGAGGUUCACUUAAAGGAGAACAUUCAAACCACAGGUCGACGCUGGAGGUUCCAGUAUUCUGGUUCAUACAUAGUGAACCCCUAUUAUUGGAUAAACAUUAUCAAGCUAAGGCUCUUUCAAACAUGGUUGUCGUAGUUCAAUCUGAUGCCAAUUCCUGGGAAAGCCACUUACAAUGCAAUGGGAGGUCAAUCUUAUGGGAUUUGAGGAAACCUGUUAAGGCUGCUAUCGCUGCAUCUGCUGAAUAUGUGGCUGGUUUACUUCCUUCACAUCUAGUUUAUAGCUCAGCUCAUGAAACUGCAUUUGAGGACUGGACGUGGUCUGUGGGUUGUAAUCCUUUAUCUAUUAAUUCUAAAGGAUGGCGACUUUCUGAGUUUCAGCAAGAUGUAAUUGCUCGGAACUAUAUUAUUACUGCAGUCGAGGAAUCCAUACAAGUAGUCAAUUCAGCAAUACAACGAUUGAUAACAGAGAGGACAACUGAACAAGGGUUUAAAAUUUUCAAGACUCAAGAGGGAGUGAUGGUUGAGAAGUACAAUUCUGUUGUUAACUUGUGGAGAAGGGUGGCGGUUAUGUCUAAAGGGUUGCGCUAUGGUGAUGCAGUAAAGCUUAUGUCGUUGCUCGAGGAUGCUUCUAAUGGAUUUUCUCGUGCUGUGAACUCAACCAUUUCAAGUCUACACCCUGUUCAAUGUGCCCGUGAAAGGAAACUUGACGUACAGCUAGACUUAACUACGCUCCCUGCUUUUAUAGCUGUUUUUGGGUUGCUUUGGUUUCUUCUGCGACCAAGGAGGCCGAAGCCCAAGAUCAACUGAACACGCUAACAUUUCAACCAGGGUACAUAGUUUUGUUUGAAGAGAUGGUCCUUGUAGAUGCUUGCGCCAUGGGGGAUAGGUUCUGCUGGAGAUUCAAAUAGCAGACAAAGAUGAGACCCGAGCAAUCGGUCCGGCUGGGUCCUUGUUAUAUGAAAUAUUCCGAGGAGGCUUCUGGGCUCUUCAUUUUGGAAAGCAGACAAGGGUGUAACCAACAUUUCCUGACUCCUGAAUUUGUUUGAAAGCGUUGUGAAUUGUCGAAUUAGAGAUAAUUGAUGUUUACAAAUCUUUUGGUAUUGUUGAGGUUUCUGCAUAGGGAUUUUGAUUUACUUUUUAUGUAUUUACUCGGAGUUUAAUCAAACCCAUCUUACGAAACCAAGUCGAUUGUGUUAUCAUGGUCGAAUAAUUCAAGGAGUGACCAGGUACGAACUUUUCCCUUGGUUUAAGUAUGCCGUGUAAGUUCGAAUUCAUCAGCCCUAAUGCACAUAUUGGUUUCAUCUG